AUGGAGGCCCCGGGCGCGCCGACCGCGCCGGUCGCGACGACGUCCGACGCGCGGCGCACCGCCGCGGCCCUGCGCGCGGCGGAGCCGCUGCUCGGCGGCCCGCCGCGGUCCGGCGGCGCGCCGCGGACGACGCUCGACGACGACACGUUCAUCGAGACGUUCCACCGCGCGAGCCGGCUGGCCUUCAUCGGGCGCUGGGACGAGGUCUGGAGCGACGUGCUCGACGAGGCCGACGACGGCGCCGAAGUGGCGCCGCCGGAGCCGCCGCGGCCGGGGCGGCGGCGGACGAUCUUCCACGUCGACCUCGACUGCUUCUUCGCGUCCGUCGCCGUGCGGGACCGCCCGGAGCUCAAGAAGCGCCCCGUCGCGGUCUGCUGGAGCGGCGGCGGCGACAGCUCGCAGAGCGAGAUCAGCAGCGCCUGCGUGCCCGUCCACGUCGGCGAGGACGGCGCCAUCUACGCCAAGCUCUCGGGCCCCGAGGUUCGACCCGAGCCGAAGAUGCCCGAGUUCCGGGUGUUCAACUGGGCGGGCGUCACCGUCGACGAGGACAAGGACGGGCCCCAGCCGCCCGGCUACGACCCCUUCGGCCGGCGGGGGCCGGGCGUCGAGGGCCGGGGCAAGCGGUGCUACGACGCCUACGUCGCCGCGCGCGACGCGGGCCGCGACAUGAUGGAGGCCGUCGCGGACAUCGAGGCGCUCGGCUUCGGCGACGAGCUCAAGCGGGAUGGCGCGCCGGAGCCGGAGCCGGAGCCCUGGAAGGAGCCGGAGCUCGAGCUCGAGGACGGCGCCCCGCAGCCGACGCUCGAGGAGAUCUGCACGGCCAUCGAGAUGGCCCGCGCGGGCGCCACGGAGGCGGACGUCCGCGCGGCCAUCGACCGCAUGCGCGCCGGGGACCCGGGGCCGAGCCCGGCGCCCGCGCCGCCGAGCCCGCCCGCGCCGAGCCCGCCGCCCGCGCCGCCGGCCGAGAAGGCGCCCGCGAAGGGCAACCGGCGGCCCCGGAAGGCGUCGCCGCCGCCGCCGCCGGCCGAGGAGCGCGCGCGCGACGACGACGACGACGUCAUGCCGGAGGAGCCCGUCGCGCCGGCGCCGGAGCCCGAGGCCGCGCCGGAGCCCGAGGCCAUCGCGCCGGCGCCGGAGCCCGACGAGGAGACGCUCACCGUGGCUCAGGUCAACAAGAUGACCGUCGUUUUGCUGAAGAAGGAGCUCGACGCGCGGGGCCUCUCGAAAAAGGGCCUCAAGGCCGAGCUGAAGCAGCGGCUCCUCGACGCGAUCCGCUAA